CGCGUCACCAGAGGGCAGGAGACUCCAUGGUAAAUACUGGAUGCAGGGUCCACUGAAGCACACAUCCAGUGAGAGUUGGACUCCUGCUUGAAAAGAGGGAAAACUCCAAAAUACGGUAGAAAAAAGUCACAUUUAGGAGCCAUUUUGUACUUUUACAAUCGAGUUUUGUUGUAGAAACUAAAAUCAACUAUUUUUUAGUUGUUGCGCAUCUUUUCAGCGCACAUCUGCUCCCCCCAAGAGGGAGGCGACGGGCGACAGAGGAACAAUUAGUUUUACAGCCUUAAUUUGAGCCCUCCAUUUAGCCGUAACGAUAACAGUACAAUGUGGGCGUGUUCUCGCCCCCUUUUUAACGUUGCACCGCCUGUCCUCCGAAGCCGUGCGCACUUUGCGGAGCAACCACUUGCUGCAGAAGUGGAUGCAGAGUUCAGCUCCGGCUUUGCCCCUGGUCCCCCCCCCCUCACCCGGACACAGCUCAGGCUCCGGCUCUGAUAAAGGAAGAGACCAGAGGAUGGAUUUCUGUCACUUCACUUUUCUCUGCGGGGCUCUUGUGUUUGCGUGGGGAAUCCCCUGUUUCCAGACUCUCGUUAUUUUUCCCCCAUCAGUCCCGAAGAGCAGCAAGGUGGCGAAGCUUUUUGAUGGACAAGAGGCGUCCAAAUAUUUCAAGGAGUUUUACGCGCCACCUUCAAUCGACAGAAAUAGUAAAGCAGCAUCUAAAGACUUAAUUGAGCCUCAUGACUACAUGUUGUCUAUUUACAAAACCUUCUCCACGGCGGAGAAACUGGGACUCAACGCAAGUUUUUUUCGCUCCUCAAAAGCUGCAAAUACAAUUGCAAGUUUUGUGGAUAAUGGGCAAGAUGACCUCCCACUCUCCCCUCUGAGGAGACAGCAGUAUCUGUUCGACGUCUCAACCCUCUCCGAAAAAGCGGAGGUGCUGGGAGCCGAGCUCAGGAUAUACACCAAAGUGUCUGGGAAUUUCAGGAUAUCGGAAACAGAGCCCGUCGACAUCCAGCUCCUCUCCUGCCACGACCAGCAGCUGCUCGACUCCAAGACACUGGACCUCCAGGAUUCCCACAGGCCAAAGUGGGAGGUGUUGGACGUGUGGGAAAUAUUCAAAGAGCGACAGCACCUGAGCCAGGGGAAACUCUUCUGCCUGGAGCUCAGGGCCAUGCUGGACAACCCUGAGAGGGAGCUGGACCUGCACCUUCUGGGCUUGCACAGGCACAGCAGGCCCCAGCAGAAGAAAGCCAUUUUAGUGGUCUUCACCAGGUCCAAGAAGAGGCAGACCCUCUUCAGUGAGAGGAGAGAGGGGAGAGCGUUACUGGGCCUUGGGAGGAAAGCCAAGGAAAGGGGUCCUGGCACCAAAGCCAGCAGGAGAAGGAGGACGGCUGCAUCCAAAACGCGCCAUGGGAAGAGGCACGGCAAGAAGUCCAAAUCCAGGUGCAGUAAGAAGCCGCUGCAUGUAAAUUUCAAGGAUCUGGGCUGGGAUGACUGGAUCAUAGCCCCGCUGGAUUACGAGGCGUACCACUGCGAGGGCGUGUGUGACUUCCCCUUACGCUCCCACCUGGAGCCCACCAACCACGCCAUCAUCCAGACUCUGAUGAAUUCAAUGAAUCCCAGCAACAUGCCGCCCAGCUGCUGCGCCCCGUCCAAACUCAGCCCCAUUAGCAUCCUCUACAUCGACUCAGGACACAAUGUGGUCUAUAAACAGUACGAGGACAUGGUGGUGGAGUCUUGUGGCUGUCGGUAGUAGACCUGGCAGGUGUAGUGGUUUACUUUGACCUCCUUCUUGUUCUUCAGGAUCUCCAGGUAGUGGGGAUCAAACAGCAUGAUCUCUGUGUGGUGGGAAAGCUGCACCCGAAGAGAACAUGGAGGUUUUUAAGAAACGUAGCGAUGCAUCUUCUUAUCAUCAUGGUUAAUACCUCAUACGUUUGUUUUCUUGUUUGUUCUGUUAAGGAAUUGUUAUUGUCUCGAGGUAGUCCAUCUGGUCGCCUUAAACUCUGCAGUGCCUGCCGAUAUCAUGGAUAUAUGAUAAGAUAAACUUGUCGGCAAAACUCUUCGUUUAUAAGAAUAGUUUGACAUUUUGGGAAAUACGCUUAUUCACUUUCUUGCUGAGAGUUAGACGAGAAGAUCGACAGCACUCUCACGUCUGUACAACAAAUAUGAAGCUACAGUACAGCCAGCAGCCAGCUAGCUUAGCUUAGCACAAAGACUGGAAACAGGGGGAAACAGCUAGCCUUGCACAUAACCCCCCAGAAAAACCACUUGUCAUUUUUACACUACAGUUUUUAUAUGUUAAUUAGUGAGCUUUACAGGUGCUGGAAGGCAGAUUGUGUUACCUGUGGACAGAGCCAGGCUAGCUGUUUCCACUUCUUGUGCUAAACUAAGCUAAGAGAGUGUAUCAAUCUAUCAUGAAAGCUUAAAAUAAUAAGCUUAAUUCCCCCAAAAAUGUUGAAUUACACACAUAAAAUCCCCCAUUCGAGGAACUGGAAUCUGCUCUUACAAAACUAUAUUAAAUAAAAACCACUUGUGCCACUUUCUGACCUUUUACCCACCACUGUUGGACACUAGCUCUGUGUGCAACUUUCAUGGGCUGCACGUACAAUGAAAAGUUACAUAAAUAUGAACACGUAAUAUAUGUAUCGAUAGUUACGACUCUAGAUUUUCCAGUUAUUUUCGAGAAGAACACCCUGUAGUAAAAAUAAUAGAGGUACAAUGCACAGCAGAGAUCUGAAACCUUAAAAAAUGUGGUGCCUCAGAGCAGUCUGGCAGUAAAAAAUGUGAUAAAUCCUUAAAAAACUUCUUGUCAAAUUCAUUUCAAGGGUUUAAAGAUCAAAAAUAGUCCAUUUGUUUUCAUUUAAGACAUUUGAUGACUGAACCAAAUCGAUUGAUUACACUUUUGUGGCUUUCUUCCCACGAUUUACUGAACUGAUGAACUUCAAGUAAACAUUUUUACCCCUGAAAUGGAAAUCAUGAGCAAUAUCUCUGCCAGGUUUAGAAAACAGAUUUUCAGCACUUGACAUGGCCUAUGACUCAGGGAACGUACUCGAGUGCCAGAGAGAAUGGGAAGUCCCUUUUUCAGAUAAAAACAAAACAAGUACAUUUCCACCAACAGCGCCGCACCAGUUUACUUACCGUUUGUGUUUGGAGGAGAUACAUAUUUUUGUCUGUAAUGCACUGAUGUUCAAAGGUACCAUGUGUAAAUAUUUGAUAUGGAAAUAAUAAUUUAUGUUCUAUGAAUAAGUUAUUGCAUUUUAAUUGUCUGCAUUGUUCCGUUACAACUUCCAGACUGCAUGAGUCACACAUCUGGAUGUUCAGGUUCAAAUAAACACAUGUGGGUACAGUUGUGGAAAAGAAACGUGACAGCUAUGUUCUGGUCACAGACUGUGAAAUCCUGUUGUACUAUCAGUGUUUUUUGUUGUAUAUAAAUAGGAAAUAAUUACUCACCAAAUGAAAAAAACAUUGCUUUCUGUUUGGUGGAUUUAUUUUUAGGCUAUACAGUUGUUUAAAAUAUUAGUAACACAUUUUAGCCUCUUGUAUUUUGUUAUGUUUUGCAUUAUUUACUGGAAUCUGAAAAUAAUAUAUUAUACUGAUUGAUACUGACUAUCAGAAAAGUGAAAGGAUAAAUCAGUGUUAUGCCACAAUAUGUUUUUUAUUUUACUCCUAUGGCACAGUUGUAAACUGACACAGUAUUACAGAGAAAUUCAUGAUAAUGAAUGUUUUUUCUACAGUGUAAAAAAAUCAGUAAAAUUGUUUAACCAAAUGAAUCUAUUCUUAUAAAAUGUAUGAACUGUAAGAUAUGUAGAGUAAUGGGCAAAUUAAAGUGUAUUGAACUAUG